AUGGCCUACUGUACUAUUUUGUAUCUCCUGGCUACAGUAAUCCGUGAUGGUUUGUUUCAAAAGGAAAAGGAAAAAGAUGAGUUGAAAAAAUGCUUGAUGGUUAUGUUCGGAAUGGAUUCGGUUGUGAAGACUGGUGUUAUGAUAAUUGGAUGGUAUCUAGUGAAUGAUAUAAAAACAAUGUACUUCUUCCUCUCACUGGAAGUCCUCUCCUCUCUCAUUCUCUCCUUCGUUUUCAUCUCAGCCACCCCAGUAUUCCAUAUGGAGUACAACGGAUGUAUUUUAAUGCCCACAUUACUUUUUCUGACGGCUUAUUUAUACUUCAUUGGAGGAUUUAUGCUGUUUUUGCCCGAGAAACCAGAAGAAAUGUACAACUGGACGAUGGUGUAUAUGGUCGUGUCUAUACCGCUCCUUUGGGUUUCAAUCUUCGAUUUCUUGUCUGCUUGGACGGGGAACUUUGAGCUGGGAACUCGUGGAGAGAAAAGACCAAAUACUUUGGAGAAUGAUUAA